GCGUUACAACUCCGCCCGGGGUCCCCCGGUACCUACCGCUCUCCAUCCCCUUCACUGCUUCUGUUUGUUUAUAGCUUUCACUGAAACAUCAGUUAUUAGCUUUCUCGGUUUAUUUUCCGCAUCAACUUGUCGAGAACGAUGACAUGUUUGUCUUCAAGCUUCGAGUGCAAUUAGCUUUUUGAAAUGGAUUACCACAACAGGCGGGUGGUUCAACACGCGGCAUCGCAGCCCUGGGUGCGUGGCUUUCGACUGGAUGAGAUCGACUACAACAAUGAAGCCUAUCAAUGGAUUUACGAUAAAAUGCACAACUCCAUCGCUAUCCACAAUGGCGUCAAAGUUUCAAAGUACCACAUUGUCAAGAUUUACCAGGUGAAGAAUUCUUUUCUGUGGUCAAAGUACACUGCAAGGCGGAGCGAGGUCGCUCGAGAUUUUCCAAGAGGCCAACUUGUGCCGGAGAUCAGACUUUUCCAUGGCACCUGUCAUGCAGACGUCAUUGUUCGGAAUGGGUUCAACGUCAAGUACUCCAAUGAGCUAAGCAUGUUUGGCAAAGGAAUUUAUUUUUCUGAUGUGUCUUCUAAGUGCAACCAGUACACCUUCGAGGCUGGGGGCAGUGGUGCCUGCAAACUCCACAGAUGUGUCCACUGCACGCUCUGCAAAAGAAAGAUGCUUGUGUGCAAGGUCACUUUGGGGAGAAAUUUCAGAGCUUACACGCCAAUGAACGGAAUUCUGCGCCCUCCUCAGGGCUGCCAUAGCGUUGUCGGCUACCCUGCCCCCAAUUUCCUCAAAUACCCAGAGUAUGUGAUUUACAACAAUUACCAGGCUUUCCCUAGCUACAUGAUUGAGUACAAAAUUUCGAUAUGAGUGUCCAGCGCCGCUUUGAGGAUUUAAGCAACUUAUUAUAUGGAAACAUUCAUUCCAGGCCUUGAAAGUACAUUGUCAAAUUUUCCGAAAGAUUUUGAUGAUACUGUGUUCAUUAAUAAUUAAAUUCAGAUUUUUUGUUAUCACAAAAAUUCGAAAGACAAUAAACGUGAUUUAAAAUAAAAUGUAA